GCAACUUGUUGUAAUAUGUAUCAUUGCCUUCAAUAAAUGCUCAGGUGUUGCUUGUUGUUGAAAUUGUGUCUUUCUUCAGCUUCGAGUGGCACUCAGGGUGUUGCCCAGCCAGGGAUGCGGCAGUUCCGGCCUUCAGAACUCAUUCCUCACCGUCGACGGUCGCAGAAAGCAAGUGACUCUUGUUGAACGCCGCCAUCCUUCCAGCACUGCCCGACAAGGUAUACCGAGAAUUUUUGCCUUCGAUUCCACGUUCUCUUCAGACGAAACACAGUCAGAGAUAUGCAGCAGCGCAUUGUUGGAUGCCAUAACGCACACGAUGAACGGCGAGGACAGCUGUGUGAUCACCUUCGGGCACAACGGAAUGGGUCAUGAGAACUCGAUGAUCGGUUUGGACAGAAGCGUACAGACGCUUGGCAUCAUCCCUUGUGCCAUCUCCUGGUUGUACCGGUUGAUUCACGAGAAGAAGCAACGCAGCGGCAUCCGCUGUACCGUACGACUGUCCGCGGUAGAAGUGGGCGGUCACAACGAAGAACUACGCGACCUGUUGGUUCACCAGGGUUACACGGAAAAUUCAUCGGCGACCGUAACGCAGAACAGUCGUCAAACACAGUUCGAUCGUAACCUGAACGCUUCCGGUUUGGACGGUUCCUCCUCCUUCUUAGAGAACCUCAGCGAACUGCGUGCACCUUCGGCCGACAAGGCGGCCUUCUACCUGGACGUUGCGCUGGCGGGCAGGCGAUUCCACACUAAAGAGGAGAGAAGAAAUUCACAUUUCCGCUUCUCCAUCAACGUCUACCAGUACAAAGUUGAUCACACGGACGAAGGCAAACUGGUAGGUGGCCGAAGCAGGCUGCAUUUGGUCGACCUAGGAACUGGUGAAAAGUGCACAAAGCCAGACCGAGCCAGUCUUAGUCUGCCGGCGAUCGGCAACGUGCUGGUCACAUUGCUCCAAGGACAGAGAUAUCUUCCUUCUAGAGACAGCAACCUCACCUCGUUGUUGAAGGACUCUCUCAGCACAGUCUCGUGCAAGUCUAUCUACCUUCUCGCCAGCGUCCUCCAGAAUCCCGAGUUUUACAUGGAAACUUUGAACACAAUUCAGAUCGUCUCUCGAAUAUACAAAAUCAAGCGGAUUAAGAAAAGCAAGGUGCGCGAUAAUUUUAUAAUCACUAUGUGA